UAAUGGGAAUCAAUGAAAUGGAUAUAAAUCGUUUGACAGCUUUGGAGAUACAUAAAAAUUUAAAUGCAACAAUAUCACCGUGCUCUAAUUUCUGGUCCUAUGCCUGUGGCUCAUUUUCCCAGCAUUCGAAAUACAUUGACAAUUUUCAACGAGUGGAGUUCAAGUAUGCCCAAAAGAUGGAGGAAUUCUUUGAAGCCAACAAUCUCAAGGAUUUUGAAAUCGAAGCACCAUAUUUAGUUGGCCAAAUGAGAAGCUAUUACAAGGCUUGUGUAAAUGCUCCGAAAAUGAAUUACCAGCCAACUGAACUGAUGAAUAUUUUAACUCCAACCACAAAUAGUUGGGAAUGGUAUGUAGCAAAGUUGCGAAAAUAUGGCUUAAAUGAUGUCUUUCUACAUGAACAAGUUGAUGUGGCUUAUAAUGAUUCAUCAAAGCAAAUAAUACAACUAAAGAUGUCCGAGGCAAAUACUUUUAAUCCGAGAUUGCUCUUGGAGCUAGGCAAAGAUGCAGAAGAAAGGCAAACAAUUAUGAAUCUCUUGAAUGCCACUAGAAACCUAGAAGAAAAAUGUUACGAAGAUAGGGAUACAUAUUCUUGGUCCCUAGAGGAGUUAAUAAAAGAAAUACCCCAAAUUAAUUGGCAAAUAUAUUUUCAAGAACUCCUUGACCUCAAGGAAACUGAUCUCAAACGUUUUAAUCUACGCUUUGAAGUCAGUCAGUUGGAGUGUUUGAAGGAAUUGGGAAAUCUUUUAAAAACUAAAUCAUUGGAUACAAUUUUGCCAUAUCUAAGACUACGUUUAAUGAUGCAUCUAAGGAAAUAUCAAGCCAACCUAAAUUGUGUACAUCAUAUGAGAGCUUUGCUGCCUCUUGGAAUGACUUACAUUUACAAUAAAUAUAUAUAUCAAAAUCGUAUUGAAGAUACUCAAAAGAUGGAGGAGAUAUUUGCAAUUUUAAGAGGAACCUUUAGCAAAUAUGUAGAAGCCAAUCGCUUGCAGUUAAAAUCAGAGGAAUUAACUUAUGUGAGAGAUAAGCUGAAUGCCAUGAAAUUAAAAUUGGGCAAUUUGCCUGAAGAGAAGUCAUCAGAAUAUUACAAUGAACACUAUAGAAGAGCCAACUUUAGCGAUUUUGAUUUUAUAAAGAAUCUGGAACAGGCUUUGGCUUUGCGUACCUAUCUGCAACAUGCUCCCCUCUUGGUCAAUGAAUCUCGCCUCCAACUCUAUCAAUAUUAUGUCAACGAUGAUGUGACAAAGGCACGUACUUCUCCUUAUUAUGAGAAUGAAAGGAAUACUCUAAUUGUGCCAUUGAUAUUCUUGCAAUGGCCUCUAUUCGAUCAUCGACAGCAUCCAAUUUUUGUACAAAGUUUAAUGGGUUUUAUUCUCGGACACGAGCUAAGUCAUGCCUUUGAACAGGAAGGCAUACUCUACGAUUCGUUGGGCAACGAAUCCCCUAUGGGUUGGCAAAUAAGGCAAAGUGAGUUGUUUCAAAACUCUUUGCAAUGUGCAGCUGGAACACCAUUUGCAUCACUAAAGGAACGACUGGCGGAUCUGAAUGGCUUGCAGUUGGCAUAUGAUAGCUUCUUUGGUCUACACCAUGACUCCCAGCUCUUUGAAUAUCGUCCGUAUGAAUUUGAAAGUGAAUUUUUAGCACCACAAUUGUUCUAUUUGAGUUUUGCGCAAUUCUUUUGCGGUUCAUUGCCUCCAGUCCUGGGCCAUGAUAUGGACGAUGUGCGUGUCAAUGUGAGCGUGAAAAAUAUUCAGCAAUUUGCCAAGGAUUUUAAGUGUCCACUGCAAAAGAAGCAUCACGAGCAGGAGCAGCAGCAGCAGCAGCUGAACUACUGUCAAAUGUGGCGCCCAUCUCAAGUGUAAUGAAUUGCAUAAAAAGUUGUGCAAUCUAUUCAAGGUUAGACUAGAAGAAUGUCUCUUAAAAA